AUGCUGCCCACUGAUGUGGUCACAGCUUUCAUUACUUACAGUAAACAUGGUGAUGGUGAUAAAUGGGAUUCUUUUUAUAAGAUAAAGCACAAAAAUAAUGAGACAGCUGUAUUGGGAAAAAAUGUGACUAUAUUCUGCAAUUUGACAACUUCAGAAGAUAUUGUGCAAAUUACCUGGCAGAAGAUCCAAGACUCUUUGCCACAAAAUAUUGGCACUUACAGCAGUAAAUACGGGGCAAAGAUUCUUCCGCCAUACUUAGAUCGACUUCACUGUGAGACCAUUGAACCCAAUUCCUCAUUCAUCACGAUCCGUGAAGUGACAUUUGAAGAUGAAGCCUGCUACAAAUGUUUAUUUAAUAUGUUUCCACAUGGCAGCCACGGAGGACAAAUCUGCCUUAAUAUUCUAACUGUAUCUGAAUUAAGAACUGAACUCCAGUCCAAUGCUGAUUCUGAAGAUUUUCUUAGAGUCAUUACCUCAGCUAUGGGAAAGCCUGCUCCUCAAAUAUCUCUUUUUCCCUCCCUACUCCUGAUUAAUCUAAGCAAGGAAUACCGUGCUCAGAACCCAAAUGGCACGGUAACCGUCACGAAAAUGGUUGACAUCUCUUUGGAGACUGUGUGGUCCCUAGGACUCCAACAUGUGAUUGUGAACAUGGAUCAUCCUCUAAGGCAUGAAGAGAAGAUUGUUCCUCUUCCAAUAAAAAAAGAAUCAGAGAGCUCAACGCGCUUACCCUGGUCCGCAGUUAAAGCUGAAGCCUGCCACCUGGUGCGGCGGGGAGCGAAGAUGCAGAGGCGGGUGAGCAGAGUGAGGGGCUCGGGAGGAGGGAGGAAAGUGGCGAUCUCCAGCCGGUGGCCCUGGGGCGUUGAGGGGCGACGCGCGAAAUCCGCGGAGUUCUGCUCGCGGGCUCCAGCCCGGAGCUUGGUCCGUGGCGGUGAUGGCAGCGCUUUACCCUGA